AUGGACUCCUACUCCUCAUAUCGAGAUUCCUCCGCCAGAUCCCCACCGGAACGGAAGUGGAGUCGAGGAGAUGAUCGAGAUGACCGGGCCGAUGGCUUUUAUCGUGCCCGAUCUCCUGGUAGAUUCCAUCAUGUCCUGCGUCGGCCAAAAGCUUGGCGCCUGGAAGCCGCCCGGAAGACUGACGCGUCCUUCUCCGCAGGCCACGACAGAAGAGACCGUCGCCGCUCCCGCUCGCCGCCUGCGCUCGAUCGAUAUGAGCCUCGCCCUCGCCGAGAGGACCGCGACAGAGACGACCGACGCCGCAUCGCCUCCCCGCCUGCAAACAUCGACCGUUAUGUUCCCGGACAGGGCAGCAGCCCCGCGCCUGCCAUGACGGUGAAUCCCCUCGCAGACCCCGCUCGACUCCCGUAUCAAGUAGGCUUCUCCUACUUUGGAGAAUGGUGGAGGAUGAAUGAGAAGACGAAGGAGGAGAAGGAGCGUACGCGUACCGGUCGCAGACGAGAGCCUGAACGGAACCGCGGACCUCGGGAGAUGCAGGAGGACCGCGAGAAGGAGAAGACCAAGAUACAAGCGGCAUACGAUGCGUACAAGGAGGAGUUGAAUGCCAAAAUGGCACGAACCUUUGUCGCCGAGCACAAAAAGGAACAGUGGUUCAGAGAAAGAUACGUUCCCGAAGUCAGAGACGAGCUCAAGGUCAAGAUCAACGAGAUCCGACGAGGUGCUUACAGCCAGUGGGAACACGAUCUCGAGACGGGCACUUUUGACGACUUCUCUCUCGAGGGACUCCCCAAAAGCGAAAGCAACGGCAGCGGCGGGACGGUCGAGAAAGAGGAAGGAGAGGCGACUGCCAGCAACGAGAUUCUCGGAAUCGGUGACCUCGUCCCGGCCAACGGCGCGGACAUCCGCGACGAGAGUCAGCUCCAGCCAACACUUCUCAUCAAGACCAUUGCCCCACACGUCAGCCGCGAGAACCUCGAGUCCUUUUGCAGGGAAAACCUCGGCGAGGGAUCAGGCGGCUUCCGGUGGCUAUCUCUGUCCGACCCAAACCCUAGCAAGAGGUACCACCGUAUCGGCUGGGUCAUGCUUCACCCUUUCUCCGAAGCUGACACGGAUCCGACAGCGACCGACCGGGACUGGCCCAAGGACGACGAUGGCGACGAGGCGAUAAAGUCCCCCGCGCCCGUGUCGGCGGCGGAGAAGGCCCUCGAUGCGGUGAAUGGCAAGACCGUCAAGGACGAGGUGCGAGGAGAUUUCGUCUGCCACGUCGGCGUCCACAAUCCGCCUAUGAAUCCGCGAAAGAAAGCGUUGUGGGAUCUGUUUUCCGCGCCCGAGCGCGUCGAAAAGGAUCUGCUCUUGGUCCAGCGCGUCGUGAACAAGUUUGAAGAGCAUUUCGGUUCUCAUUUCCAGGCAGUCCUGAAGGUUGAGGAAAAGGCCGAAGAGCUGAGGCACUCCGGCCGACUUCAACCAGCCGCCCCGCCCUCGGCGGGCGCCAAAAAAGUGAAGAGAGAACGGGAGAUUGCGAUGGAUGAAGCUAUGGACAAUGAAGAUGCCAUGGCCGAGGUGGAGGAGGAGGAGGAGGACGGCAUCGUUGACGAGGACGAGGCGGAUGACGAAGACUUGCUCUUCAAGAAGAAGCAGCUGGACCUUCUGAUUGAGUACCUACGCAGGGUCUUCAGCUUCUGCUUCUUUUGCGUCUUCGAGAGCGACUCCGUCCACGAGCUUGCGCGGAAGUGCCCCGGGGGCCAUCUCCGCCGACCCCGAAGCACGCUUUCGUCGACGGCGAAGAAUGUCGCUCGCGCCAGCGCCAACGGUGAAGGGUUCCCGCACAAGAAGCGAAACGACAGCAUCGAUGAAGGCGAACCAGAGUCUCCGGGAUUGGAGAGGAAAUCCCGAAUGACGUCGGGCAAGACGGAGCAGCAGCUUCUCCGGGCCUACAACUGGGUCAAAACCUUUGAGGAUAAGCUGAUGCAGAUUCUGGAGCCUCAAUCCGUUGAUCUUCACAAACUUGGCGGUCGACCAACCGCUGAAGCCGUGGACCAAGAGUUGGUCAAGCACGUGAAGCAGGAAGACGAACACAAGUGGCGAUGCAAGGUGCCGGAGUGCACCAAGCUAUUCAAGGAGGAGCACUUCUGGAAGAAGCACGUGGAGAAGCGACACGGCGACUGGCUGGACGGCCUGAAGCAAGAGUUUGAGCUCAUCAACGCCUACGUCAUGGAUCCUGCUCACAUCGCGCCCUCGCGUACCGACGCAAACUCCAACGGCCACUUCCCCGCCCCCAAUGGCCAGUCGGUAUCUGGCACGCCCCGCGGAUUCAACCUGCAAAACUUCCCCGUCGGCAACGUCAUGGGCAUGCCGAGCUUCCCCAUGCCCCCCGGCGGCUUUCAGACCAUGUUUGCGGGGAUGCCAUCGGCAGGUUGGAACCCGAUGGGCGACGAACGGUCCGGCGGUCCCAUCCGCCGGGGCGGCGGCGGCGGCGGCGGUCGCGGACAGUUUCGCUCCGGGCCAUACGAUCGCCGCGGAGGCAAUCGGUACGACGGUGGCCGGAACCGCAUGGGCGGCUCGCGCUGGGGUGACGGAGCCGGGCCGGCGGCCGGAGGACCUCGCGAGGCUGUCCAAGGCAGAAGCUUGAAAAGCUACGAGGAUCUGGACCAAGUGUCCGGGGGAGGCGGCGGCGAACUCAACUACUGA